AUGGACGACAAAAAGAAGGAAAAGACCGGCUGGAUCAAUGAAGUGAGAGAAAAAGUAAAUUCAUCAUGCCUCAUGGACCAUUGGAGCAACCCAUGUACCACCAUCUUCAAGGUCCCCCAGCACAUCCGGCAGUUGGAUGAUAAAGCCUACGAUCCAGUGGUUGCUUCCUUCGGACCUUUUCACCACGAAAGAUUUGACAAUUCGUAUUGGGGACCUACCAUGCAGGACCACAAGUGGCGGUGUGUUCGGUACUUUCUAUCGUGUCAUGGAAGUCGAGAGUCUCAGUUGUUGCACAGGUGCUUGUCGGAGUUGAAGGAACAGGAUAGCAAGGUCCGGAGCUGCUACUCUCAAGAAUUUUCUACAUUGGAUGCCCAAAAUAUGGCAUUAAUCAUGUUGCUUGAUGGGUGCUUCAUCAUUUAUCUCAUGCUAAAAAUGAAGGAAUCUACUGAUCAGGCAAGGGAAGGGGAGGUGGUUUUAAAUAUUGAGGGGAAGAAAAAACUACCAGAGUACCCAACUGUGGCAGGGCUAUUCACUCUUGAUUUAGUGGUUCAUGAUCUAUUGAAGCUUGAGAACCAAAUUCCUUUCUUCAUCAUCGAAUUGCUAUUUAAUCAUCUCAACCCAUGUGAGGAUAGAAAUAUUGGUCUUGUUAAGCUUGCCCUCCGGCUCUUCAAGGACAUCCAUCCCAAGAAAUCCAAAUCAUUCAUGGAAAGACCUCCUAGCGAAUACCAUCAUCUGCUCCAUCUAUUUUAUUCAUCUCGAAUCCCUUCCAAGUUGGAGAAAGGGGAACCUGCAACUGAAAGCAAAAUGUCAGAGGGGAAGAAAGUGGACAUGAAGUCCGAGUGCAAGAAGGCAGAAGCUAUUUCUAAACCCGAGUGGAUUCCUAGUGCGACGGAGCUCGAUAGGGCUGGGGUGAAGUUCAAGAAGAACGAAUCAGCAGAUGGUUUCUUGAACAUUACAUUCGGGCAGAGGAGGAUGAAGAUCACGCCAUUGCUAUGCCUCUUGAAGUUGUAUUUAAUCUUUAGGAGUGGACGGAUGGAGAUACCACCACUACGAAUCUAUGACUAUACGGGUCCUCUCUUCCGAAACCUCAUAGCUUUCGAACAAUGCUAUUACAACACUAAGAUGUACAUCACGAUAUACGCACUCUUUAUGGACUGCAUCAUCGACAAGGCUGAGGACGUGCGGUUGCUCCACUUGGUAGGCAUACUAGAACACAAACUGAGCAGCGAUCAAGCAGUGGCAGAACUCUUCAAUAAGCUGGGCUGUCAUAUACACUUUGUUUCGAAAAAAAACUACCUUGCAAAUCAGAUUGAGAGAGUAAACAAGUUUUAUGACUCCAGCUGGCACAAAUGGCUUGCUGCAUUAAGGCGAGACUAUCUACGCAACCCAUGGGCGAUAAUUUCAGUGUUGGCGGCGAUGUUUCUUCUCUUACUGACUGUCGAGCAAGCCAUAUUUGCUGCUUUAUCCUAUUUUCACCCUUCAUAG